AGCUUGGUUCCUGCGUAGAUGCUGGGGCUGUAGGCGCCGCGCGGUCAGCUGGUUGCAGCUCGCAGGGAGGACGCCGGCGAUCGCCUUCCCUGCGCUGCCCCCGCCGCUGCCAUGAUUCCGGUAUCGCUGGUGGUAGUGGUGGUGGGCGGCUGGACAGCCGUCUACCUGACCGACUUGGUGUUGAAGUCAUCUGUAUAUUUUAAGCAUUCUUAUGAAGACUGGCUGGAAAACAACGGAUUGAGCAUCUCCCCUUUUCACAUAAGAUGGCAGACUGCUGUUUUCAAUCGUGCCUUUUAUAGUUGGGGACGGCGGAAAGCAAGGAUACUUUACCAGUGGUUCAAUUUUGGAAUGGUGUUUGGUGUAAUUGCCAUGUUCAGCUCUUUUUUUCUUCUGGGAAAAACGCUGAUACAGACUUUAGGCCAAAUGAUGGCUGACUCUUCUUAUUCCUCCUCCUCCUCUUCCCAUUCUUCCUCCUCUUCCUCUUCUUCUUCCUCUUCUUCCUCCUCCUCUUCCUCACUUCACAAUGAACAGGUGCUCCAAGUUGUGGUUCCUGGCAUUAAUUUACCUGUCAACCAACUGACCUAUUUCUUCGCUGCAGUCCUCAUUAGCGGUGUUGUACAUGAAAUUGGACAUGGAAUAGCAGCUAUUAGGGAACAAGUUCGAUUUAAUGGCUUUGGGAUUUUUCUCUUCAUUAUUUAUCCUGGAGCAUUUGUUGAUCUGUUCACCACUCAUUUGCAACUUAUAUCACCAGUCCAGCAGCUAAGGAUAUUUUGUGCAGGUAUCUGGCAUAAUUUCAUCCUUGCACUCCUGGGUAUUUUAGCUCUUAUUCUCCUUCCUGUAAUUCUCUUGCCAUUUUACUACACUGGAGUUGGGGUGCUUAUCACUGAAGUUGCUGAGGACUCACCUGCAAUUGGACCCAGAGGCCUUUUUGUGGGAGACCUUGUCACCCAUCUACAGGAUUGUCCUGUUACCAAUGUACAAGACUGGAAUGAAUGUCUGGAUACCAUCACCUAUGAGCCCCAAAUUGGUUACUGUAUAAGUGCAUCAACUUUGCAGCAGUUAAGCUUCCCAGUUAGAGCAUACAAACGGCUAGACGGUUCAACUGAAUGCUGUAACAAUCACAGCCUUACAGAUGUUUGCUUUUCCUAUAGAAAUAAUUUUAAUAAGCGUUUGCAUACAUGUCUACCUGCCCGGAAAGCAGUUGAAGCCACCCAAGUUUGUAGAACCAAUAAAGACUGUAAAAAAAGCUCAAGUUCAAGUUUCUGUAUAAUACCUUCUUUGGAAACUCAUACGCGCUUAAUAAAAGUGAAACACCCACCUCAAAUUGAUAUGUUAUAUGUAGGACAUCCACUGCACCUUCACUACACAGUGAGCAUCACCAGUUUUAUCCCACGUUUCAAGUUUCUAAGCAUAGAUCUGCCUGUGGUUGUGGAGACAUUUGUCAAGUACCUCAUCUCCCUCUCGGGAGCACUGGCAAUUGUUAAUGCAGUGCCCUGCUUUGCUUUAGACGGACAGUGGAUUUUAAACUCUUUCCUAGAUGCUACUCUUACCUCAGUGAUUGGAGACAAUGAUGUCAAAGAUCUGAUAGGAUUUUUCAUCUUGCUUGGUGGCAGUUUACUUUUGGCUGCCAAUGUGACCCUGGGCCUCUGGAUGGUUACAGCACGGUAAUAUUUGGACUCAUCUGAUAGAAUCUCUGAGUUACAAUAUAUAGUACUGAAAACCUUACUUGGUAUGAAAUAACUGUUUCCUUAAAAUUGCAUUUUAGCCAACAACUUUAAAUUCUUUAUUCAGCAUAUCCAAACUCUGGGACCGGGGUGAAACAGAAGAAAUGAAAGAGAUACUCCAUGAUUACAUUCUAGUUUUACAGACUGAACCUACAAACUUCAGAUGCUUGUGGAACAACUGAAACAAGUGCAAAUUCAUGUUAAACCAUUUUUGUGUGACUACAUACUGUAUUGAAAUACUGUAAAGGAAAACAGAAUUGGGUAGGAUUAAUUGAGAAAAAACUUCCUGAAAAAGCAUCAUUAAUUCAGAUUUGAAGAAAACCAGACUUUGGCCCAGUGGGAAGGUGAGCAUUUUCUUGGUCUAUAUUUCUUGUCUUUAGUCUUGUUGGAAAAGUAUUUUAAAAUUCAGUGGUAUGUUGGUGGCUUAGAUGUUAAAGAAUUCGCCUGCAAUGCUGGAGACCUGGGUUCAAUCCCCAGGUCGGGAAGAUCCCCUGGAGAAGGGAAAUGGAGAAGGAAAUGGCAACCCACUCCAGUAUUCUUGCCUGGGAAAUCCCAUGGACAGAGGAGCCUGGCAGGCUACAGUCCAUGGGGUUGCAAUGAGUCAGACACAACUAAGCAACUAACACACAUUGUUUUGUACUCUUGACAACUGAGGUCUGAUUACAAUUAAUAUAAUUCUAUAAGAGAAACUGCCAAUGCAAAAGGGAACAUCUUUGUUAAAUGAUCCCAGUAAAUGAACACCUCGGAAGUAGACUCUAUAAUAUCAUGAGACAUGCCUUGCCACCCAAGAGUUGCCUCUUUGAUAAUAUGCCCCCAUACCCGCAUAAAGCAGCAGCAGCCUUGACAUUCAGAAUGAGCUGUAGGAAGUAUCUCCUACCUGCAGCAUAUGAGCUUGAGACAGUUAGGGGUGAACCUCAAAACUGAGCCAGCUGGCUCUUGGCAGCAGAUCACAAGACAGAUCACAGAACCUUGUGCAGUCCUGGUUACCUUUCUCUACAAGCUUCAAAGCUUGGAACCGCUCCAGAAUAGACAUUUUCUCUUGUGCUGCCGGGGCUACCUUGGACCUAGUUCCUAGGCUCCUGUCUUCAAGAAGCAAUUACUCUAAGCCAUGAAGCAUACUCUGUCCUCACAAAUGUCUUCCAUGUUUUUCUGUGUUGGGGAAUUAAAUACUUAGUUCUUCCUUUCUGCCUUUCCCCUAAGCUACCUCUGUGAGUCCACAAAAGACUUGGUAGUAGAGUGAGAAUGGCUAGGUGUGAGAACAAAUGUGCAUUUGCUGGAGCCUGGUAACUGACUCUUGAGCCCGAAAGAGCCCUGCCUAGUUUGAGAUCUUUCAAACUGGUGCUGCAGCCCUGGAAGAUCUAGGAAGUCAAUAGGCCAGUGUGAAGCUAUUAGUAAUAAAAGUAUAUGAGCAUGCUGUUGCUUUGAUGUAAAAUCUGUGCUCUCAUAUACUAAAAAACAUUAAUAGUCCUGUAUCCAACUUUUUCUCUAAGUGAGAUAUUCAAGGGGUUCACCUCUUUCAGAUUCCUUAGUUGCUCUUAGGCAAUAAAACUUUUUAAUCAUUUUUAAGGAAACUUUAGAUUGUGUUAUAAAUCUGCCUGCCUUCUUGAAGAGAAAUUGUAUAUUGAAUAUAAUUUUAAUAUUUUUUAAAUGACCUCUAUUACCACUACUUAAAAACUGUACAAAUUAUUGGUUUAUCCCAGGGAAAAAGCAUUUGUUCUAUUCUCAGGCAGACAGUCUUUCAGGAUUAAAGUAUAUUAGCAGAGUAAUGCACAGACCUAUUCAGGUAAUAAAGCUUGAGGACUACCAUGAAAUACUUAUAUUAUUGAUUUGAUUACAUGAACUAAGCAGUUUACUAAUGGAAUUGCUAUAUACAUGCAUGUCAUUUUUUUAAAAACUGAGAAAAAAUUUAAUAGAUGAAAUCUUACCCAUAAACUCCUUUCUCUGGAUGAAAAAAAACAACAAGCACAUCAUUUUCUUAUGGCUUUUAAACACCUUGGUCUUCUGCUCCAUUGGGUCAGAAUUUGGGAACAGUCUAUUAGGAUAUUGAGCUGUUCAGUCCUGUUUUUACAGAAAUAGCCUCAUUGUGUAAGAAAGGAAAUGUUAUGUGUUGUCUCUUCAGCCUCAUUGUGGGCACUUCUAGAGCAAGGACCAUGUCAUACUUACCUUUCUAUCCCUGGUACAAAAGUGCAUGAGACAUCAAAACUACUUAAUAAAUGUGGUUGAAUGAAUGAUGUUUAGUGUUAUUUAUGGAUUAGAAAAGCAUGUUUCUAUUUAAGUAAGCUGUAAAAAGUGUUAUUGAAUAUUUCAUGUAAAUAUAUGUUAACAUAAAAAAAUAUCUUGGAAGAUCUUUGUGUCCCUGGUAGAUUAUCAUCUUUAUGAAUAUAAUUCACUUUGGUUUCUGUAGAGCCACCUAAAAAAUGAAUUGUAUUAAGGAUUUGAAGAAAGUGUUGUCACUUGUUCAACAGUAAAACUGUGUUUUCAGCGUUCCUACUCUGCAUUGUUUACAUUUUUGAGGGUUGUUUUUAAUCACUUAAAACCUGUAAAGAAUGUAUAUAUCCUUUUCAGCAUCUCUGUUUGAAAAGACAUUCAGUUAAACUUGACCUUUUGAUAACUGGUCUUAUAAGUCAUCUGUUCCAAUGGUAAAUUGUUUAAACUGGGCUUUAUGGGUAUGUGGCUCUUAGUCAUCAGUUUGUCCUGUGGUAUUUAUUGAAUGUCCACAUACUAGUGGCACACAGGUAUUUUUUUCUAUAAAUCUUACAACUAAGUUUAACUUGAAGAUACCAUAGUUGCUGGCAUUCAAUGUUUAGCAAUAAAAAUAAAUGUGUACCAGCA